CUAUAAAUUGCUCCGGCGCGCGUUUGUCAGCCUCCUCUUCUCCUGGCAGGUGGUACCCAGGCAGAAUUCUGCGUUCAGCCUCUCUUGUUCGGCUCUCGGCGGCGAGGCUUUCGCUGCUGCUAGCUAGCUCCUAUCUCAGUCUCUGAACCUCUCUGAGCCGCUGAUCCUGCGAACCUCCGCCGCUCAGCGCAUCUUGGGGGGGCGCCUGACCCGAGCUCCCUCAGCUCACUAGGGGCUUUGGGGGUGAGCUUCUAUUAGAGUUGUUGUGGCUGCAAAAGAGGAAGAAAAGGAAAGAAAGAAAAAAAGACAAGGGACAGACGAACCCAGCCAGCAAAGAAAAGAAGCAAGAAGCAGGGAGAAAAAAGCAACUUCAGACGGAAAGUUGGUGUGAACUGGCGCAGUCUGCAAAAAAGGAAAAGUCGAUCGCGGGCAGCAGCGGCAUAAAAGUGUGAGCCGCCCGGGGAGAGCGCAGGAGGCAGCGGCUGGCUCUGCCCUCCGGGUGGCCGCGCCGGCACCCGCCGCAGCUACAGGUGCUAAGGGGUUGGCAGGAGGCGAGAGGGGCGCCCUGAGCACCCCUCCCCCAGCCCUCACCCCCCGCUCGGGACUUCAGCACAAGUCACUUGGCGCCCCAGCUCCCUCCCUAGCCGCAACCUCAGCGGGGGGAGUAGGAGCCGGUAAAGAGAGGCCGGCGCCCGCCCGCCCAGGGGAGUUGGGGUUCGAAGGGGGAUUGUUUUCGGCUCUGAGGAGGUCCCCGCCCAACCUUCAAAAUUUUGUCCAAAAGCAGACAAGAGGAUCGGCCCGCGCUAAGCCGGCUCGUGGGCAGCAGGAGGCGCCUGAUCGCUGCCGGGGCGCUGGGGGUGGUGAUGGUGCUUCUGCUGGUCAUCCUCAUCCCGGUGCUGGUGAGCUCGGCCGGCACGUCGGCGCACUACGAGAUGCUGGGCACCUGCCGCAUGGUCUGCGACCCCUACGGGGGCACCAAGGCUCCCAGCACUGCUGCCACUCCGGACCGUGGCCUCAUGCAGUCCCUGCCCACCUUCAUCCAGGGUCCCAAAGGCGAGGCCGGCAGGCCAGGGAAAGCAGGUCCGCGUGGGCCCCCCGGAGAGCCUGGACCACCGGGCCCCGUGGGGCCCCCGGGUGAGAAGGGCGAACCCGGCCGGCAAGGCCUGCCGGGCCCGCCUGGGGCGCCUGGCCUGAAUGCAGCGGGGGCUAUCAGCGCGGCCACCUACAGCACGGUGCCCAAGAUCGCCUUCUACGCUGGCCUCAAACGGCAGCACGAAGGCUACGAGGUGCUCAAGUUCGACGACGUGGUAACCAACCUCGGAAACCACUACGAUCCCACAACGGGCAAGUUCACCUGCUCCAUCCCGGGGAUCUACUUCUUCACCUACCACGUCCUGAUGCGCGGAGGGGACGGCACCAGCAUGUGGGCUGAUCUCUGCAAAAACAACCAGGUGCGUGCUAGUGCAAUUGCCCAAGAUGCUGAUCAGAAUUACGACUAUGCAAGUAACAGUGUGGUCCUUCACCUGGAGCCUGGAGAUGAAGUCUAUAUCAAGUUAGAUGGUGGGAAAGCCCAUGGAGGAAAUAACAACAAAUACAGCACAUUCUCCGGAUUUAUUAUUUAUGCUGACUGAUGAUAAUGCAGAAACUGAGCUUGCUAUUCUGAGUUUGAACGCUGGAUUCGUAUGGCUAACGUCAGUGAAUCAAGGAUCCCAGGGGAAGCCCAUUGUAGGGCACCUCAGUUGUGUAAAUGUGGGGAGAUCAAAUGCUACCUGACUCACAUCUGUAUCACUCAGACACAUUAUGUAAAAAAAACAAACAAGUAUUUAACGUAAGAUAAGCAGAUGUGUGAUCCACUACCGCCAAAGCAAAUACUCCUUAUUGUUAGUGUCCAUGUGAAUGAAGUACUAUAUAGACCACAAGUUUUUAUAGAAAAAUCUAAGACACCGAAUUAUUUCUUCGAUAUCUAUGAUACUUUGGUGUACUGUGACCUUGCUGCUUUUAUCUAUGUGUCAGCUUUGGUUCUUGUGAGUUUAUCUGCUUAUUAAGACACUUGGAGUCUAUUUGUAGUGUGGGGAGGAGUCAUUUUACCCUGCAGGAGAAGGUCUGAUUGAAGUAACGCUGCUUGUCCCCAAAGAUAUUGUCUGCCUUGUACUCUUGUUAACCUUAUAGCUAGACCUGGGAAUGAUUCAACUUCAAGCCUUAACCUGGAAUUUUCUGGAUUUGUGGGAAUUCCCAAGCCUGUGAUCAUUUUCACAUUUUUUCCCCUUUUCAUGUGAAAUUUCUUUUCUCUCUUUUCUGAUGAUAGUCUUUUAAAUGGUAGAGAUUGAAAUUGUAUCAUAGGAUUGCCCUAUAAGUGUGAAAAUGUGUAAUUAUGUAUGGUAUUUAGAACCUCU